CAGGAAUGCUUGACGAUAAGGAGAUGAUGGAGGGGGGUGAAUGGAUGAAAUGCUCCAUGCGCGAACAAUAUUCGACCCCGGUGGCUAUUGACACGGCUGUUGGGACAGAGUGGUUCCUGCGAUGGAUUAGGUAGGGGAAGGGAGAAAGCGCCAUGACAAACCCAUAUCAUAGUACCGCGAAUACUCGGCCUUCUCCUCGAGAACACCACCCAGUUGCCGUGAUUUCUACCGCAGAAUAAGCACAACACAAUAUACACUCUACCUACUGUACAUGUACCUGUAGUCUACACCCGCCUGAAGUGGGAGACGAAUCCCAUCACUUGUCGGAAAAAUACUCUGAUUUUCCUUAUCCCAGGGGAUUGGCACAUUAUCCACCUCCCCCCGAUGCACCCGCACCGUACACCCGAAUUUCUGCCAUCAUGGCCAUUCGUCUCCCCUAAUCCACUGCCCUUGCCGAUUUGAGCUAAUGAUUUUCAGCACCCUUCUGCGGAGAUGUGGGCUUGAUUCACCACAAACGCUAGUCUACCCGUAACUUAUUAGUGAGCUAGCGGUCGAGAGUUGAAGGUGUUGGAGUGGAUGCGAGAGAGUGAGGGAGCCAGAGAGGGGGGGGGGGGUGGGCGAGAUGGUGAUGUGACCUUUCCCUGCCGGCACUGGUUGUUGGUGGGCCUCAUAGCUUGUCGCCGUGGCCUUGAUCGCUCCUCAAGCUUUAUAGCUCCCGUCUUCACCAGCACUUUACAAGACAGCCUUGCUAAGUCGGAGGCGACCUAUUGUUUUUGCGCUCGUCUGCUCUCUCUGCCCUCGUCAGGCAUUCCCAGCAUCCCUCCCCGUAUCGAUCGUAAGCUGUCCUUAUUGAGCAGGCUUCCACCCUCGUCCUAAGGGCUGUUUUUCCCUCCCCCCGUGAAGCUUCCUCCUAAACAACCCUCGAGACCAAAAUCGGCUACCAAUCCCACUCCACAAACAGCACCCUUCCCACCGCCCACCAUCAUGAGUCCCAUGGCCCCAAAUACCGACGGCACGGUAGAUAUUUUGCCACCAAUAUCCACCGAGCUACCCAAGGAGUUGAGCUUGGUUGGCAAAACCCCCACGAUUGCUGUGAUCGGAGGUGGGAUGUCCGGGCUCCGGGCUGCAGAGGUUUUGUUGCAAAAGGGGUAUAGAGUUGUGGUGUACGAAGCCCGCGACCGGCUUGGCGGGCGAAUAUCUACGAGCAAUCACUUGGGGGAAGCCGUUGAUCUCGGUCCGAAUUGGAUCCAUGGCACAGACAACAACCCUGUCUUGUCGUUAGCCGAGUCCUCUGGCUCAAAGCUCCACCACUUCUCCGAGCAGUGCCCUACCUACGGUUUCGAUGGCAAGCUCUUGGAUCAGGCCGAAGCCGACGAGCUCUCAGAAUUGAUGUGGAAGGUCAUUGAGCGUGCUGUCGAGUAUUCCAAGCACUGCCACCCUGCAAUCCCCGUGGAAAAAUCCUUCUACGACUAUUGUGUCGAGAAGGCCGAGGAGCUGUUUGGAACUGGAGCCGCUGAAGACGAGAAACGAAAAAAGGAGCUGUGGUUGUCCCUAGCGGAGAUGUGGGGUACCUUCAUUGGUAGCCCCGUUGAAAGGCAAAGUUUAAAAUAUUUCUUCCUGGAGGAGCCAUUAGAAGGCGCAAACAUAUUUGUCGCAAGUACCUAUGAAACCAUGAUUGAUACAAUGUCAAAACCUUCACUGGAUGCUGGUAUUGUCCGAUUGAAUACACCUAUUGACGAAAUCAUAACCCCUGCCCCAGGUGAUCGGAAUUGCGUUAUGUUGAGGAGCUCCCAGAAGCCUGAGGAGAAUUGUGAGGUAGACGCCGUAAUCGUAACAAUACCCUUGGGGUGUCUCAAGAGAGAGAUGAUCAAUUUUCAACCAAAACUCCCGAAGCGAAUGCUUGAGGGCAUAGAUUCCCUUAGCUAUGGAACUCUCGAGAAGGCAAGAUUCUCCCACCUUAAGGCUGGAUACUCCAAACUAAAGAUCUGCUAAAUUAACACACAACAUUAGGUCUACAUCAAGUUUUCCGCCCCCUUCUGGAGCGGUACGGGGCAGGACUUUUUCACUUUUCUUUCGCCCAAGUAUGCCCCCAAAGUAAACCCUAGUCGCUGGCAUAUGGCGUGUUUCUCGCUUGCUGGAUUACCAAAACCCUGUGCACAGCCCACACUUCUAUUCUACAUUUUUGGUCCCAUUACCAAGCAUUUAAAUGAGAAUUUUGCACCCAGUCAAACAAAGGCCGGCAAAAAGCAGUACUUUGAGUUCUUUGAACCGUACUACUCUAAACUCCCAAACUAUUGUGAGGGCAGCCCAGACUGCCGGCCAGUGGAUGUUGAGGCAACACGAUGGAGCCAAGACAAGUGGGCCGGCUAUGGAAGUUACUCAAACUUCCAGGUCGGCCUACACGCUGGUGAGGAGGACAUCAGGUGUCUAAGAGCCGGUGCAGCGGAUCGGAAACUCUGGUUCGCCGGAGAGCACACUUCUCCGGUACUAGGUCUCGGAAGUGUCAGUGGGGCAUACUGGAGCGGAGAGGACGCAGCCGCCAGAGUAAUCGCCAGCCUCGAGGGCGGGGGAAUAUCAAGUCCGAUACAGAUAAGGCCGGAUCCCAGGCGCGCGGCAUCACAACCAGACCCGAGAGACGGCACCACGAACGGGACAGGGCCGAAAGCGAGCUGGUACGGGAAAACGGUGGGCCCCAACAUUACCGCCGGCGCCGUUUCUCCGGGAGUGGAACAGGCUGGUCGAUUCAACCAUGGCACGUCUAUCGCUAAUUAGUGAUAUCGUGUGGAUUUUUGAGUAAUUGUGAGUGGGUUUUUCAUUAUCCUUACUGAUUCUUUCACGGUGGGGGAGUUGCUUUCGGUUUUUGAAGUGAGCGGGUGAGUGGGCGGUGGAGUGUACUAAAUAUAUAUCAUACCUGAGUUCCCUCCUGCUGUCAACGACGGGGUCUGGGUCGGGUUCGGGUGGAGUUAUUACGGUCCGGAAACUGUUUGUAUCCCUAGAGCAAUGGAGUCAUUCUGAGCCUAA